ACAAACCUCUUCACUGGAAGGCGGAAAAGCUGAAAGCAAAGGAGAGAAGAGAAGGCAUCACGGAAAAUGAUGAUACACUACUGUGUGCAAGGACCCGCUUGGAAGAACUCAAAUACUAUGGCCUUCUCCCGCCGUUUCCGAACGGGUCCCUGGAAGUGCAGAGAAGCCAAUCAGCUCAAUUGCAAUGGGGAAGGCUUAAUGGGGAAGAAGGGAUGGAGAAAUGUCAUGGUGUGUCAAGGAUUCCUUUUUCCGGUGGAUCCAUGGGCGCCCACUAUUGAUUCUCAGAGCAUAGCUUCUCAGCUCUUCGCUGUCUCCCUCUUCCCUUACCUCGGUUUCUUGUAUUUCAUCACCAAGUCCAAUACUGCCCCUAAGCUCACCCUCUUUGGCUUCUACUUUUUGCUUGCUUUCGUAGGCGCCACCAUUCCAGCAGGCAUUUAUGCAAAGGUGGAAUAUGGGACGUCACUAUCCAAUGUGGACUGGUUGCACGGAGGGGCUGAGUCACUGCUUACCCUAACAAACAUAUUCAUUGUGUUGGGUCUGAGGGAUGCUCUUAGGAAAAAUAGAGAUGCAAAAGAAAUUGAAUCCAUCGGUUUUAUGAAGUCAAAAGAAGAAGAAAAUCCAAUUAUCUAAGAUAGCUAUUAUACAUCAUGACAAGGCUAGAUAGGGCCUGGGGGUCAUUGGAAAAACUUUGAGGCAUCAAACAGGAAGUUCGGGUCACAAUUUUCCAGGUCAAGUGUGUAAUCCAAGCCCACAUUGGGAGAGUUUGUGGAUGAUGUGGUGGCUG